AUGAAAACGUUGAAGGUUCAAACUGUUGCUUCUUUUUGCAAUGUGAAAUUAAAUAUGCCCAAUUUUGAACUUGGUAAGGAUGAUAAGACAGCCGAGUUUUUAAAUCACUCACCAUUAGGCAGAUUACCUGUAUUAGUUACUUCUCAUGGUUCUAUUUUUGAGAGUAAUUCUAUUUGUAAAUAUCUUUGUAGUAUUCAUAGAGAAGGUGAUUAUUUAGGUAAAGGUUUAUUUGAAGAAGCACAAGUAAAUAUGUGGGUAGAUUUUAAUACAUACGAAUUAGAGAUUCCUCUAUGUUGUUAUAUGAAUAAUAAAUUUUGUGAGAAAUCUUUAAAACAUAUAGAAGAUACUUUAAAUUGUUAUAAUAAUCAUUUAUUAUAUAAUCAAUAUAUGGUUGGAAAUAGUAUAAGUCUUAUAGAUAUUUUUAUAUCUGUUCUUUUAUAUUUUUCUAUAAAUUCUGGUAAGCUGGAUGAAUCUGUAGUUUCUAAAUAUAAAAACUUAUAUAGAUUAUAUGACACUAUAUGCAAUCAAAAACAAUUUAAAUAUGUUUUUGCUUCUGAUCAAAAUAAAAAAAAAAACACAUCUGAAAAAUGUAACAAACAAGAGAAGCCUUCAACUAGUGCAAAAAAAAAACAAACAAACAAUAAGAAAGAUAAUAAUAAUAAUGAUGAUGAUGACACACAAAAUAAUAAUAAUCAACAUGCUGAACUAUUAAGUGAUGAUUUAACAGAAAAAAAACAGCCAAAAAAAACAAAUCCAUUAGAUUUAUUACCACCAUCAAAUUUCUCACUUGAUGAAUGGAAAUAUAAAUUUAGUAAUGAAAAAGAUUUAUUAAAUAAUGCUAUGCCACAUUUCUGGAAUAUAUAUGAUCCAAAUGGAUUCUCUUUAUAUUACAUGAAAUAUGAUAAGUUAGAAGAUGAAUGUCAAAUAUCUUUUGUUGCAUGUAAUAUGGCAGGUGGAUUCUUACAAAGACUUGAAAAUAACUUCUCAAAAUAUUCAUUUGCCGUUGUCACUGUAUUAGGAGAAAAUAAAUCAUAUGAUAUCGAAGGUGUUUGGUUAUUUAGAGGUACAGACAUACCAUUCGAAAUGAAAGACCACCCUUCAUUUGAAUAUCACAUUUUUAAAAAAUUAGAUGUUAAUAAUACACAAGACAGAAAAAUUGUAGAAGAUUACUGGUGCUCGAAGGAAACUGUAGAUAACAGACCUCUUGUUGACAGAAAGGUGUGGAAAUAA